CUCCCGUGCUGCCCGUGGGCGCUGCGCAGCUGUGGGCCCGCCGCACGGCUCGGCGCAGAGCGAGAGGCGCGUCCUGCCCGGCGCGAGCGGCUGCCGGGGCACGGCCAGGGGUGCGCGAGAGGCUCGCGGAUUUAAAUUAAAUAAAAGAUGGACUGGAGUGGAAAACACAAUGGGCCCAAUGAUACAACCAAUGACGGAACGGUGGUACGACUCCGAGGCCUCCCAUUUGGGUGCAGUAAAGAAGAGAUUGUUCAGUUUUUCCAAGGGUUGGAAAUCGUGCCAAAUGGGAUAACAUUGACGCUGGACUACCAGGGGAGAAGCACAGGGGAGGCCUUCGUGCAGUUUGCUUCAAAGGAGAUAGCAGAAAAUGCUCUGGGGAAACACAAGGAAAGAAUAGGGCACAGAUACAUUGAAAUCUUCAAAAGUAGUAAGAGCGAAAUCAGAGGAUUCUCUGACAUGCCAAGAAGAAUGAUGGGACAACAGCGGCCUGGACCAUAUGAUAGACCAUUGGGAGGAAGAGGGGGUUAUUAUGGAGCUGGGCGUGGAAGUAUGUAUGACAGAAUGCGUCGAGGAGGUGGUGGAUAUGACGGUGGGUAUGGUGGCUUUGAUGAUUAUGGUGGCUAUAAUAACUAUGGCUACGGAAACGACGGCUAUGACGACAGGAUGAGGGAUGGGAGAGGCAUGGGAGGCCAUGGCUAUGGAGCUGGAGAUGCAGGGUCGGGGUUCCAUGGUGGAGGUCAUUUUGUUCACAUGAGAGGGCUGCCUUUCCGAGCCACGGAAAACGAUAUUGCUAACUUUUUCUCCCCAUUGAACCCUAUAAGAGUUCACAUUGACAUUGGAGCAGAUGGAAGAGCCACAGGAGAGGCAGAUGUGGAGUUUGUGACCCACGAGGACGCGGUGGCCGCCAUGUCCAAGGAUAAGAAUCACAUGCAGCAUCGGUAUAUUGAGCUGUUCCUGAAUUCCACUGCUGGAGGUGGCUCUGGAAUGGGAGGCUAUGGCAGAGAUGGAAUGGAUCAAGGGUACGGCUCCGUCGGUAGAAUGGGGAUGGGCAGCAAUUACAGCGGUGGCUACGGAACCCCGGACGGCCUGGGUGGAUACAGUCGUGGCAGUGGAAAUAGUGGAGGAUACUAUGGGCAAGGCAGUAUGGGUGGAGGAGGCUGGCGUGGGAUGUAUUGAAGGAUAGCCUUGCUUCUGCAGAACAUCUUGGAAGAAACAGUCUCUGGUCUACUAGACUUUCUUACAAAAUUUAAUUUCUUUUGUAUUUUAAGAACUUUAUAAUGACUGAAGGAAUGUGUUUUCACAAUAUUAUUUGGUAAGCAACAGAUUGUGAUGGGAAAAUCUGUUUUCUGUAGGUUUUAUUUGUUGCAUACUCUGACUUUAAAUAAAUUUUUAUAUUCAAACCACUGAUGUUGAUACUUUUUAUACUAGUUACUCCUAAGGAUGUAUUACAUAUUCCAGACUACAGUCGGUUUAAAAUGUUGUACUAUGGUUCCAUAAAGGUGGUUGUACUGUAACUCCUAUGAACACUGAUUCAGUUCUAUGUAAUCUUGGUCUAGUGAACAAAUGGAAACUUUCACUUGUUUAGGGGAGAGGGGUAGAUGAGUAGGUUAGUUUAUUUGGUAAUUACUUUCCUAAACCCUUUUGGUAAGUUGUAUGUGCUAAGUGCAGCACAGCAGAACGCUGUGCAGGCUCAGUCACUGCUCUGGCUUCCUCCUGCUGCCAGCACCCCAGCAAUGCCCAGCUGUGAAGGGGCAGCACCCCAGCACUGCACAGCUGUGAGGGGGCAGCACCGCAGCAAUGCCCAGCUGUGAAGGGGCAGCACCCCAGCAAUGCCCAGCUGUGAGGGGGCAGCACCCCAGCAAUGCCCAGCUGUGAGGGGGCAGCACCCCAGCCAUGUGCCCCCUUUGUGCCCCCACAGCAGCCACGGCCACGUUGGUUCCCACCCUGCUGUGGUGCUCAGAGCCUGCGUUUCACACCUGUAACCUGCCAGCCUAACAAACAGCACAGCUUGGAGCUAACACCACAUAGGUCAAAUACUGGUUCAUUCAAUGCUUUUCACUUCUGAUCUUUUUAGCAAACAUGCUUUAGGAAGAGUGGGGGAUUUGGAAGCAAAUUACUUCUUUUCUUUCUUGAAUUUAUUGUAUUUAAACAUGGUUCAGCAUUUUUUUCACUGCAGAGAGCUGAUUUGUCUGUAUUUGUUCAAGGUUUGCAAAACCAUUCUACACAGGAGCUCAUUGGAAGCCAAGAUCUCUAAAAGGUCUGUAGGCCCAAUACCUUUUCAGUAACACACAAACACGGUGAUAAAACUUUCUGUGCAUUUGUGACAUGUAAGAUAUGUAAGAAAAUUAUUGUUUGAAGACACUUAACAUACCUGAUGUGUAAUGGAAAAAGGUAUUUAUUCUUCUGAGCCAGUGUGAUCUCCCAAAUUAACUGCUUUGUCCUCAAUGCCUCCCUUAAAAUGUCAAAUGUGAUCUUGGGUAUUGCAAGUCUGUCACCUGUUUUGCUAGUACUGUGUUAUAUCUGUAAUAAAUGUCUUCUUGUGGGA